GUGAAUACGCUGGAAUAUAUAUCACAGUGCCGUCGUCUUGUGUCAGAAUUUUGGGAGGGAUCGGCGUGUUAGUAGUAAGCAUCAGCAGGUUCUGAGACACUAUCUCCGUGCCAAUACGUCACGCGCAUACCAUAAUUGUUCAAUCGAUGAAAACCUUUCAAAAUGUCAAGAUGUCUCUGUGGCAUAGGAUAUACAGACCGUUCUGGUGCCACUUCUUAAGCGGCUUAGUGCUGGGAUUCGUGCUGGCAUUCUUAUUUACUACUCCGCUGACUAAUAACUUCAGGUUACGGUUCCAGCGUUCCCACGAGAAUUUCAUGCCAGUGGCGAACGUCGGAUCUCACAACCAAACAGACUUCCUGCACGCCAUGACCGAUACGACGAUCGCCGAUAGCUUGUUCCAUCGGGUCAGGGUACUGUGCUGGGUACUUACGACACCCAAGAACCACGAAUCGAAAGCCAAACACGUGAAAGCCACUUGGGGCAAACGAUGCAACAAACUGAUAUUUAUGAGCACCCAAGAAGACAAAGAUUUGCCAGCCGUAGCGUUGCCGGUCAUAGAAGACAGGAAUAACUUGUGGGGCAAAACGAAAGAAGCCAUGAGGUACGUGCACCAGCAUUACUACGACAAAGCCGACUGGUUCUUCAAGGCGGACGAUGACACAUAUGCCGUGAUGGAGAACAUGCGUCACAUGCUCUAUUUCCAAAACAGCACCGAAGCGAUCUACUUCGGCUGUAAAUUCAAACCGCUGGUGAGGCAAGGUUACAUGAGCGGCGGAGCUGGAUACGUGCUGAGCAAAGAGGCCUUAAGGCGCUUCGUAAAGGAGGCGCUACCUGAUCGGACCAAAUGCAAGCAGGACAAUACGGGCGCAGAGGAUGCAGAAAUGGGAAAAUGUCUGGAGGCUGUCGGCGUCAGAGCUGGAGAUUCCCGAGACCCUGAUGGCAGGCACAGGUUCGUUCCCCUCUUCGUCCUUGAUCUGCUGAUACCUGGUUACAACGGACGGGAUUUCUGGUACUGGGAUUACUUGUACUAUCCUCAGGAGGAGGGCAUGGAGUGCUGCUCCGACGCCCUCAUUACCACUCAUUACGUGUCUCCCAACAACAUGUACCUGCUGGAGUAUCUGUUGUACCACGCGAGACCAUUUGGUGUCGCCUUCAAUCCCAAGCUAGAGGAGGGAGCUCCUCCGGAGCGGGAAUUUCGGGAAAAGCAAUAA